AUGGGAAGGUUGUGGAGGGACCUCAGAAGAUGUUGUCGCGCGAGUCUUCGGUCGAAGAGGAGAUCUGUACGCCAUUAUCCCGAGGAACCCAAGCCUACAUGCAGCUCAGGGGAGCAAACACAAGGCGCGGCUCAAGCAGGAACUGCGUUUCGGCUUUCAGAAGUCGUGAGGUCUGGAGAACAAGCGGAUGGUAACUACCAGCAAGACACCGUAGAGGCGGACCCAUCCUGCGCAGAAGAGCGGACGCCUGUCGCGGCCGCUGCCACCACAUCACCAGAGCAGGAGAACAGCCAUCAAGCUCUUUGCUCCAGCAUCCUGGAGAACAAGAAACUCGCCGAUCAACUUCAACAAGCAAUUUUGCAGAACCGCAAAAUCAGGAAGGCCGAAAGGGCGGCCGGGCCGCGGCUGGACAAGCUCGACCAGAAGUUCCAUUGCUGGGAAGCGCAAGUCCAGGAGACCAAGAGGGAGAUCAAAAAGAACGCAAGUGAACUUGAAGCCUUAAGAGGCAACCUUGUGAGGGCGGAGGCCAGAAGAGACAAGUCCCUUGCUCGAAGUGAACAGGUCGACAAGAAGUUUGCCUUGCAAUGGAGGGACCACAGCCAAGAUGUGGACGACCUGCUCCUCAUCUUCGACGAGGUGUUCGUGACCAACGAUAUCAUGGCUGCAGCAUCGGAAGACCCGCGCGAUAUCGGCAAGUUGUCGACGACGUCGCUGGACGACAGCAUGGCAGGCACCCUGCGACCUCUCCGGGUUCCGCCCGCCCCAUUAUUACCAGAAGAGCAAGAAGUCAAGCGGCUCAAAGACCGGUACAUUGACCAGAUGAUCAAGCUACACGCCAUGGCCACCCGUUUCGAAAGGCAAGAAUACGACUUCGACCGGCUUCGGGAUGGACGAGAUGCUCAAAUAGCUGCCGGAGAAGAGGUGGAAUCCUCAACAGAGCUUGAUCUGAAUUGUCUGCAGGACGGCCGGCGGAACACUCGUGAACUGGCAGAAGCUGAGGAGGAAUUUGCGGCCGCGAAAGCCGCCGCAGUGGCUGCCAAGGUCCAACUACCAGACGCUGAGAUUGAGUCCGGCUUUGUCGACGAUGUGGACGACGGCUAUCGUGCUAGCCACGACGAAUUGCUGAAGUUGCUUGCUAAGCCUGCGCUUGUUGAAUUAUGGCUGGAGACCAUUCCGGACGGUGAGAUUGCUGAGGACCCCGAGCAAGCGGCGGCAGGUGUUGACGUUGAUGUCGAUGAGUGGGAUGCAGCAUCCAUCGACAUCUCUGAGAGUGGCAGUAUGGUCGCGGAGGGUCAUUGGCGAAGGAAGAUCGACUCGUGGCGGGAAACUUGUGUACAGGAGUGGAAGGGGCUUGGUAGAUAG